AUGGAUGAAGAAGAUCUUCGACCAGCACAAAUUCGUCCAUUAGCUGGAACGACACGUCAUCGUUUAUGUGCCGGUCAAGUUUGUGUUAGUGUUGCAUCAUGUGUUAAAGAAUUAAUCGAAAAUAGUCUUGAUGCACAUAGUACACGUUUACAAUUAACAUUUAUUGCACAUGGUGCAGAUCUUAUUGAACUUACUGAUAAUGGCGAUGGAAUUGCUGAACAUGAUUUUGAAAAAAUUGGACUUCGAUAUCAUACAUCAAAAUUAAGUCAAUUCGAAGAUCUUGAAACUGUCAAUACAUACGGAUUUCGUGGCGAAGCUUUAUCAUCAAUUUGUAUUUAUGCUGAUGUAACAAUUCUUACACGUCAUGCAUCUGCAUCUAUAGGAACAAAAUUAAUAUUCGAUGGUGAAGGUCAAGUUAUUUCACGUACUCCCUUUCCUCGAGAAAUUGGUACAACUGUAUCAAUUCGUUCAUUAUUUAAUCGUUUUCCUGUUCGUCGUACUGAAUUACAAUCACAUUCAAAACGUGAAUUUUCUCAAGCAUUAAAUAUUAUACAAUCAUUUGCAAUUAUAUCACGACAAAUCCAAUUUUUUCAAAUUUCAUCAUCAGCUGAUAAUCAUCCACCUUCACAUCCAUUAUUAACAUUAACUCCAUCAAGUUCAUUAAAAGAUACAUUAGCACAAAUAUUUGGACAAAAAAUACUUGAGAGUAUUAUACAUAUUGAGGAUAAUAAUGAUGAUGAAGAUAAAGAAUUUAAAUUUGAUGGUUAUAUUUCUCGACCUCAACAUGGUUGUGGUCGUUCGUCAGCAGAUCGACAAUAUCUUUAUGUUAAUAAUCGACCUAUAGAUUGUGCACCAUUCUUACGAACAAUAAAUGAUAUCUAUCGACAUUUUAAUCCCAAUCAAUAUCCACUAGUUGCAUUGAGUAUUGAAGUACUUGAUCGAAGUACACUUGAUAUUAAUUGUACACCGGAUAAACGAACUGUUUUUGUUGAACAUUUAUCCAAUAUGUGUGAUCAAAUUCGUCUUAUUCUUAAUAAAUUAUUUGAAUCAAGUAGUAAUGUUUAUGUUUCAUCAAAUAAAAGACAACAAGAAACAGCAGAAACGAAUAAUGAUAUUCCAACACCACCAACAAAACAAAUGAAAAUUGAACGUUUUGUUAAAAAAACUUCACAUGAUAUACCAGUAUUGACUACUAGUAAUCCUUUAUCAAAAUUUUCUUGUCCUUUUACUACGAUUCGUAGUGAAAAAUCAACUCCAUCAUUGUCACCAAGUUUAUCGACACAAGAUCGAGCAUUAUUUACAUUUGAAUCACAUGAUAUUGUGAAACAUAAUAAUCAUUCAGAUACUAAAAAUGAAGAAUGCAGUGUUGAUGACGAUGAUGAUGUUAACGAUGAGGAUGAUGAUCCACAUGAUAAAACUUUACUUCAUGGUAGUCCAUCGAAAAAAGAUUUUUUAGAUAAAGUUAAACAACUUAAACAAAACGAUGAAGAAAGUGAAGAAAUAAGAAUUUCUGUUGAUCAUGAUUUACAAAUGUAUACAUCAACACCAAUUGCCAAAGAAAAACCAAAACCUGUUGAAGAACUGAAAAGUAUUCAAGUAACAUCAUAUAAAUCAUGUGAAAUUAAAGUUAAAUUUAAUAUGAAUAAACUUAAAGAAAAAUAUCAAUUAAUGGCUGAAAAAACUGAUAUAUCAUCAUCUAUAUCAAAUCAUCAUUUUAAUAUUCACAUUGGAGAAGAUCAAAAUGAAGAAGCUGAAGAUGAAUUAAGACGACAAAUUAAUAAAACUGAUUUUGAAAGAAUGUCAAUAAUCGGACAAUUUAAUCGUGGUUUCAUUCUUGUUACACUUGUUGAUCAUUCAUCUCAAUUAUUUAUUGUUGAUCAACAUGCAGCUGAUGAAAUCUAUAAUUUUCAUCGUCUUUAUGAUCAAACAAUUGUUAGUCGACAACCACUUCUUCAUCCUAAAACAAUUCCACUUGAUCCAUCACGACAAGUUCUUCUUCAACAACAUAUCGAUCUAUUCACUCGUCUUGGAUUUGAUAUUGAAAUUGAUGAAAAUGAAUCUCGUAUUGAUCGUCGUUGUCGUGUACAUGCAUAUCCAACGAUAUCAGGUGCUCAUUCAUGUGUAUUUGGUAUUGAUGAAAUUGAUGAAAUACUUUCACAUUUAACUGAUACAAGCCAACACUCACGUCAAGAAGAACAUUAUGAAUCAUCUCGUUUACGAAAAGUAUUCGCUUCUAAAGCUUGUCGUAUGUCAAUUAUGAUUGGAACUGAUUUAACAAAAAAACAAAUGAUAAAUGUUGUUCGACAUCUUGCACAAUUAGCUAAACCAUGGAAUUGUCCACAUGGACGACCUACAAUUCGACAUGUAUCUAAUCUUACUGAAGCUACGAAUGGCUUUCUUACUGAUGAUUAUCAUUCAUUUUAA